AUGGCUGGCACAGUGCUCGGCGUGGGAGCCGGCGUGUUCGUCCUCGCCCUGCUCUGGGUGUCGGUGCUGCUGCUGUGUGCCCUGCUGUUCAGAGCCUCGGGGGCAGCCAGGUUCUCUGUCAUUUUUGUGUUCCUCGGUGCUCUGAUCGUCACAGCCAUUCUGUUGCUCUUCCCUCGAGCCAGUGACGCCCCAGCCCCCGAGGCAGAGAUGAAGACCCAGUUUCAGACCAGGAGAGCAGAUCAGCCUUUUGAGGAAAAUCUGUUCAUCAGUGCGGCCAGCAGAGAUUGGAGUUCUCAUUCUCAGAUUGUAGACGCCUUUUUCAUUGGCCGCUAUGUCCUGCUGGCUUUCCUCAUUGCCGUCUUCCUUGGAAGCCUUUUCUUAGUUCUAAUCCAUCACAUCCUGGAGCCAAUCUAUGCCAAACCACUGCGGUCCUACUGAGCCGCCUUCAGGAAAACCAAGACCUUGUUCUCCCCCUCGCUUUGAUGUCACUAGUGAGCAGCAAGGUACUGUUCAGAGUUUUGUGUUGACAGCCUUCCUGCCUUCAGAUCAGAGGAUCAUCUCUUCAUCACGAAGACAAAUCCUUUGAGUCCUGGCUUCCAGAAACAGGAUUGCAGAAUUGCCCCCGAGGAGAGAUUCUCACCAGCUUAAGGGGGAUAUCACUGUCUUCUCAGCACCUGCACCUCAGGUUUUCCACCUCUUUUGAAAAGGAAAUAGCAACAGUGAUCUGCUUAGGUUUUUCAAUCAAGACAUCAGCAAGCGAAUUUUGAGAAAAAGAGUACUUUAGCUUCUCCUGUCCAACGGAUAGAAGAACUUGGUCCUUUUUGAUAAUAUGUGAAAUACUUAAUUUCAAGGUCAAGAUCAUUUGGGAAAGAAAGGCCCUCAAAGUUCAAAAGAUUAUUUGAAUGUGGUGACUUGGAGACAUAUAUCAGAUGCCAGCUUUACAGCACUCUGCAUGUCACACCACAGGGCUCCACAAAGGCCUUGGUGUCACUUUCUGCUGCCUUGAGAAAGCAGUCAGCAGCAGCCAGAGGACUGACUUUCACCUCGAACUCCUGGGCACAGCUUCCUGAAUCUAGCAUUUCUACAGUUCAGGUUCAUGGGGGGAUUAGAGGCAGAGUUUGGAAACAUCAGUUGUGUGUCCUGCGGCUCUCUCUAGAUUCUUCUUCUUCCAGUAUUUGGUGGUCUUUGUUCCUUUAUUUAGUUACCGUAAGUGUCCGUGUUGGGUUAUUGUCAUCCCUUUCAUCUUUGUAGCUCUUUCUCCAAAGCUGAUGAGGAAUGUCUAUCCACAGGCUUAGAUUUAACUUUAUACCUAAGUUCCCAGACCAAGUGAAAUCUGUCACUAAAUGGUGGGUGGGGGCAGGCAGCUCUAGGCUGUUUCCACCUUGGGAGUCUCAACCUGGCACCCGAGAACUAUUUGAAGGACCUUCUGGCUGAAAAUUAAGAACCAGAAAACAAGUUGGAAAAAGAACUUUGAUAGAAUACAUGCUAUAUGCCAGUUAGUGCACAAGUCUUUCCUGCACCCCCCCACCCCCCCGCCGCUCCACAAAUGUAAAUGACAAGCCUGUGUGUUAAGGGCAAAAAUAUACUUUUGUACAAAGGGUAUUUUAACUCGGCCUGCCUGCUGUAGAUCCCAUAACUACCAGCAGUGGUGAAGAGAAUGAUGGAUCACUUUAUAUCUUUAUGCUCAAAGCAAUCAUGUCCAACCCUUAAGAAAAAAAAAAAAAAAACCCACAGGAUUGGGAUAAGAAAUAGAAGGCUGAGAGGGCACAAAAUCACAAAAUGAAUUUCGCUAAGUUCUAUGGGGGGAACCCCCAGUAAUCAAUGGUUAAUAUCGUUCCCCUUGUGCUCAGGCCUUCCUGGAGACAGACUUAGAGGGUGUCCCUUAAAUACAAACAGAAAUCAUCUCAGUGUCCCCAUUCGUUGUUCUAUGAUCAAGGCCUCAGCACAGGUUGUGCUACCCAGAGGGAAUCCUGUGGCAAAGAAACUAGUGAUCCCACUGUUUGGGAGGUGGGAGGAGAGCAAUUCAGGGCUUCUAUGCAAGAAAACAGGUUAUUUCAGUUCAGUUCAAUUCAGUCACUCAGUUGUGUCUGACUCUUUGUGACCCCAUGGACUGCAGCAUAGCCUCUUAAAAUUGUAUCCUCUGACAAAGACCACGUCAGCACAUUACCCCACACUGAUCCACUAGGUGGCGCUGUCUCAAGCUGGCAGAACACACCAGGUAAUUUUUUGACAAGUUCUUUCUGUGUCUCAUAAAAUAGAGGUAAAGCUAACAUUCUUUACUGAUGCGCAGUAUCAGAUAUUUAACCUAAAAAUUCAUCAGAGUUAUUGUGCACUGUUGCGUUGCUAGGAAAUGCACUACCAUUCACCCAUGUUGCACACAGCAGGUGUCUCAGAGCUCAUUGUGUGCUCACAGAACAUGAAGCACGGUCCUUGUGGAAUAAAUCCACUCGAGAACGAGGCUCUGAGGCUUCCCAGCUGCCUUCCUGACUCUGUCCUGGGAUGAAGACAUCCAAAUCAUUUCUAAAUGUUUUUACUCUCACAUAAAGUAAGCCAUUUCUUGUUCUGUUCUCUGAGACACACUUUUCUAUCAACUCUGUCCUGUCGUUGCGGCAGUUGAACGAUUAUGUUUUGCUUUGAUUUGCAUCGAUGGGUCCAGCAACGUGCUGUGGGGACGUCCCUGGUGGCCCAGUGGUUACAGAAUCCGAAUGCCAAUGCAAGGGACACAGGUUCAAUCCCUGAUCCAGGAUGAUCCCACAUGCCGCAGAGCAGCCGAGCCCAUGUGCCACUGCUGAAGCCACUGCAACGAGAAGUCCUGGUACCCCAACAAACAGCAGCCCCCACUCAGCAACAAAGGCUCGGCACAACCAAAAAUAAAUAAAAAUACAAAAGACACCUGCUGCAGUUAUUUCACAGGUGAGAGACAAGCAGAGAGAGAAGGGGAUUGUACAAAGUUGCACAAGUAGUAACGAGGCUCCCACUUGACACUGGGAUCCUGGUAUCUCAUUUCUCAAAACAGUUUAAUGAUCAGUUUUGGCUUUCACGCAACUCCUUAUUUUUCCAUUGGCUAAUAUUAUUUCCUAACUACUUCUACCCACCAUUCCUGUGACCCAUAUCCAAAACAGAUAAGUGAAAGCGAAGUCACUCAGUGGUGUCCGACUCUUUGGGACCCCAUGGACUGUAGCCUAUCAGGCUCCUCCGUCUAUGGGAUUUUCCAGGCAAGAGUGCUGGAGUGGAUUGCCAUUUCCUUCUCCAGGGGAUCUUCCCGACCUAGGAUUCGAACCCGGGUCUCCCGCAUUGCGGGCAGAUGCUUUACCGUCUGAGUCACCAGGGAAGCCCAUCAAAACAGGUAAAGGUCUCGUUAAAGAAUUCCUAAUUAACACUUAGGUGUUAGUCACCCAGUCGUGUCCGACUCUGUGCCCACCAGGCUCCUCUGUCCAUGGGAUUCUCCAGGCAAGAAUACUGGAGUGGAUUGCCAUUUCCUUCUCCAGGAGAUCUUCCUUACCCAGGGAUCAAGCCUGGGUCUCCUGCAUUGCAGGCAGAUUCUUUACCGUCUGAGCUGCCAGGGAAGCUCAACCAGUUAACAUUUCUAGUACAAAUAAAAAACAUUUUAUCAGGACUUCUUGGCAUGCAGCUUUAAAUAUUUGGUUCUUACCACAUAGGAGCAACUUUCCAGACAUUGGAAUGGGAACCGCAUGGGUAUGAAUCUAAAGAAGUGAUUAUCCUCACAGGAGCAUAAAAACUCAGGAUUGGAAGAGAUUUUAUCACCCACAGAAUUCAACCUUUCCUCUCUAUUUCCAGCCCAGAUACUUGGGAAUAGUCUCUUCUUUACCUGCUGAACUCACAAUUUUUAUUGUAUUUAGCAAACACGUAUGAGGCGCUUUUCUAAGCACCCCUCAAGUAUUAACUAACGGCAUCCUUAUAGCAACUCUUAAGUAUUCUUUUUUUUUUUAAAACAUAGUAUGAUUAUAUUUUAAUACACAACCAAAAUACAAAACACCACAGUAAAUUGACAGCAAUAAAAUAUGGUAUUUCAUUUGCACUACACUAAGACAUUGAUAUACCAAGGAAAAUGAAAGG